UUCUCUGCUCAAAAGCUGUAUGGAGAUUUUACAAAGUAGUCCAACAGUGAAAGGAAAAAAUGGGGUAUAUUCGAUGAAAAUCAAUGAUCAGAGAAAGAAAGUGUACUGUGACAUGACUACAGAUGGAGGGGGCUGGACGGUAAUCCAAAAACGACAGGAUGGUUCUACAGACUUUUAUAAGACUUGGGCAGAUUACAAGAAAGGAUUUGGAGACCCAUGCAAAAACUACUGGAUCGGAAACGAUGCAAUUCACUCUUUAACAAAGACAAACCAGGAACUCCGAGUAGAACUUUUAAGUUUUGCUGACGAGAAAGCGUACGCCCGGUACUCCACAUUUAAGGUUGGAGACGAGAGCAGUAAAUACCGGCUUACUGUGUCUGACUAUUCAGGAACGGCGGGAGACAGUUUGGAGGACCACAAUGGCAUGAAGUUCAGUACACCAGAUCAGGAUAAUGACUUAGACAGUCGUCACUGUGCGGUAGAAUUUCACGGAGGCUGGUGGUUCAAUGCCUGCCACCCCUCAAACCUGAACGGGGAAUACGAUGGGUCAGCUCUAACUGGUUGGUGAUAUCUGAUUUGGUAUCAUUGGAAAUCUGUCAAAUCGUUAAAAGGCUCAGCGAUGCUCAUAAGACCCCAGAAAUAACAUCAUUAUAUACCACAUUUAGAUUUGUUAAGACUUAUUAACAUUGAUCCUUAGACAAAUUUGACUCCACUUUUUUGGCACUCUGUUUUCCUCUAACAAGUUUAUCGUUAUUUCGGAUUUCAAACAUUUCGGUUGAACAUCACUGAAGAUACAUUAUUUGUCGAAAUGCGCAUCUGGUGCAUCAAAAUUGGUACCGUAUAAGUUUUACAUUUAUGUUUAUCAGCUUCUAUUACCCAAACUCUGCUCACCGUAGCUCGUUUUUGCUGUCAUAAAAAAUCUGAACAAAGAAUGAUUGAGAUUGAAAAUUUGUCAUUUAUUACAAUACCAAAUGACGAAAGAAAUCUUCAACAUAAGAUUUUGGGGGAAAUCAGAUAAUACAUUCUACAUGAAAGUACCUGCAAAGCUAAAUUACUCAAAGUCUGAUUUCCCCCAAAGAAGACAAAAUAACUUAAAUAAUGCUACACUAUAAGAUGACAAAUAAAAAUUCAUCAAAACAAACCCAGAGCAAAAAGAUGGCGAACAAAUAAGGCCGAUUUGAUGUAUACUGUGUUUCACAGAUCUGUUAACAUCAAUAUAUACCGUGUUUAGCAGAUCUGUUAACAUCAAUAUAUACCGUAUUUAACAGAUCUGUUAACAUCAAUAUAUACCGUGUUUAGCAGAUCUGUUAACAUCAAUAUAUAUACCGUAUUUAAUAGAUCUGUUAACAUCAAUAUAUACACCGUAUUUAACAGAUCUGUUAACAUCAAUAUAUACCGUGUUUAGCAGAUCUGUUAACAUCAAUAUAUACCGUAUUUAAUAGAUCUGUUAACAUCAAUAUAUACCGUGUUUCACAGAUCUGUUAACAUCAAUAUAUACCGUGUUUAUUAACAGAUCUGUUAACAUCAAUAUAUACCGUUAGUAUUAACAGAUCUGUUAACAUCAAUAUAUACCGAGUUUAUUAACAAAGCUGUUAACAUCAAUAUAUACCGUGUUUAUUACCAGAUCUGUUAAAAUCAAUAUAUAUACCAUAUUUAACAGAUCUGUUAACAUCAAUAUAUAUACCAUAUUUAACAGAUCUGUUAACAUCAAUAUAUAUACCAUAUUUAACAGAUCUGUUAACAUCAAUAUAUAUACCAUAUUUAACAGAUUUGUUAACAUCAAUAUAUACACCGUAUUUAACAGAUCUGUUAACAUCAAUAUAUAUACCGUAUUUAACAGAUCUGUUAACAUCAAUAUAUAUACCGUAUUUAACAGAUCUGUUAACAUCAAUAUAUAUAACGUAUUUAACAGAUCUGUUAACAUCAAUAUAUACCGUAUUUAACAGAUCUGUUAACAUCAAUAUAUACACCGUAUUUAACAGAUCUGUUAACAUCAAUAUAUAUAACGUAUUUAACAGAUCUGUUAACAUCAAUAUAUACCGUAUUUAACAGAUCUGUCAACAUCAAUAUAUACCGUAUUUAACAGAUCUGUUAACAUCAAUAUAUACCGUAUUUAACAGAUCUGUUAACAUCAAUAUAUAUACCGUAUUUAACAGAUCUGUUAACAUCAAUAUAUACCGUAUUUAACAGAUCUGUUAACAUCAAUAUAUAUACCGUAUUUAACAGAUCUGUUAACAACAAUAUAUACCGUAUUUAACAGAUCUGUUAACAUCAAUAUAUACCGUAUUUAACACAUCUGUUAACAUCAAUAUAUAUACCGUAUUUAACAGAUCUGUUAACAUCAAUAUAUAUACCGUAUUUAACAGAUCUGUUAACAUCAAUAUAUACCGUAUUUAACAGAUCUGUUAACAUCAAUAUAUAUACCGUAUUUAACAGAUCUGUUAACAACAAUAUAUACCGUAUUUAACAGAUCUGUUAACAUCAAUAUAUACCGUAUUUAACAGAUCUGUUAACAUCAAUAUAUAUAUACCGUAUUUAACAGAUCUGUUAACAUCAAUAUAUACCGUAUUUAACAGAUCUGUUAACAUCAAUAUAUACCGUAUUUAACAGAUCUGUUAACAUCAAUAUAUAUACCGUAUUUAACAGAUCUGUUAACAACAAUAUAUACCGUAUUUAACAGAUCUGUUAACAUCAAUAUAUACCGUAUUUAACAGAUCUGUUAACAUCAAUAUAUACCGUAUUUAACAGAUUUGUUAACAUCAAUAUAUACCGUGUUUAACAGAUGACUGAAUCUUGUCCUGGAUAUACUUAUUUUAGAUGAGAUAGUUUUGUAUGACGGUUCAUAAAUAUGAAUGAAUUUAUUACGUACAGUGUAUGUUGACAAUCUAAUUGUUUAUUGAGUAGUGAACAGAGGCACUUUGUGUAGAAUAAAUGAAUUAAUUCUAUCUAUUAGUAUAAACAUAUAUUAUUAAACUCUUAAAUGUCAUGAUAAAUGCUUGUAUAUAAUGCAAAUAUUCAUAUCUUUGAAUAGCUUUUUAAAUAUAUAAAAUAUUUGUAUUCCAGCAAAUAUCUUCAGCUAUUAAAAAUAAUAUUUUUCAUUCAUCUGUGGAUCCGAAAUAUCCCAGUGAAGUCGAAAUAAAAGACACCACAGAGUCGUCCACUUUUGCUUCAUGCUUAGAUACGUUAUUGAAAGAAGAUAUUAACGACAAACUAACAACUCUACUAUAUGACAAACGGGAUAACUUCAGCUUUUCCAUCGUCAACUUCCCAUAUUUUGGUAGCAAUAUCCCAUUAUCACCUGCAUAUGGUGUUUAUAUCUCUCAACUGAUUCGAUAAGCGAGAGCUUGUUCUGCGUAUGGUCAGUUUUUAAAUCGAGGUAGGCUACUGACAAACAAGUUGAUAGUGCAGGGGUUUCAAUAGUCUCGUUUAAAGUCAGCUUUUCCCAAAUUCUAUGGUCACCAUAAAAAUCUAGUUUGCCAAUACAACCUAUCAUUGGGUCAAAUGCUGUCUGACGUGUUUCAUACCGAUUGUUAGGCCGCUCUUGACACACUGAUUUUGACUGCGGGUAACCCCGUUUACCUGAUCAAGAUAAAGGGCUCACGGCGGAUGUGACCGGUCGACAGGGGCCGCUUACUCCUCCUAGGUACCUGGUCCCACUUCUGGUGUGUUCAGGGUUCCGUGUUUGCCCAACUCUCUAUUUUGUAUUGCUUAUAGGAGUUAUGAGAGUGUUUACUAUUCGUUAUUUUACCAUUGGCAAAUCGGUGAUGGUACGAUUGGGUUUACUCUGAACUAUGUGUAUAACGCUGAACUAUCGCUAUGUGUAGCGAUAGUAGAUGAGCGGAUCAUAGGAUCUAAUUUUAAUUAGAUUGGGGUAUAACCUAAUUUCGGUAAAAUGUUUUAAGUUUAAAGUUACGAGUAUAAGGCGCAAACUUCCCAGAACAGCUCGAACCACUUGAUAUCUGACAUAUUGGACAGUUUUUCGACUUAUCACAAGAUAUGUGUCAUCACAAAACAUGUUCAACCAAAAUAAAAACUUUUUUGUAUAUUUAUCAUUGUAUUUGUACAUAGGAGUAACUGUUAUUAAAUAUUGAUAAAUUAUUACAAAAAGUCGUAAGUGGUUCCUAUAAGCACGAGAAAAAAUAACAUCGAAAAUAGUAGAUGAAUUAUCGUACACGCGUUAAAAAAUGUAUCAGUAUGUCACAUCAUUGGUUUCGGGAAGGGGGGAUUCGUUGACGUAAUAUGAUUAUAAAUCUUCAUGAAAUGAUAAAUAUGGGCCUGGUCAAUAUGUAAUUAUGGUAGAGAAUGACUUUUAUGUAACGUGUUAAUUGUGUAUGUUCUAUGUGUAUAUUUUGGAUAGGUACAUUAUGGUAAAUAUAUGUUUGUAUAACAUGUUAGAUUUGUUCAUUUCACGUUUGAUGGAUGUUGGGUAUGGAAAAUUUUCUGUUUGAGACCCCUCUUUUUUGGGGAUGCCUUAUAUUGGUAUGUUUCUUAUCAUCGCUGUCUUGGGUGGAAAUUUCCGAUCAGGCAAACUGAAGAUGAUGUAAUGUUUUGUUUUAGGGCCCCGUACUUAGCAUAUUACAUGGAUGACCAAUCACAGUGCGCCGUUAGGACGCUUUGGUCAUUACUCUUUGUUUGCUUGAAGUGCAAAGACUGCUCAAAUAUUUGUGUACACAAAGAAAAUUAAGUUGAUACCCACCAUCCACAUCCUCCUUUGUAAUGCCCCUUUGAUGCUCGUAUAUGUGGCCUGUUAUAUUUUAUAAAACCCACCUUAUUUGAUUGCAGGCAGCUCUAUUUCGAUGUUUCAUUAUGUGUUGUAGGGGGUCAGAUUGUAUUAUCAUACCUAUGUGAUACAUAUGUUCUUGUAUUUUUGUUUUCGACUCAUUCUGACCCCCACUAGCUAUUCUGUUAUAUAACUUCGUCAUUUUCAAAAUAAAUGACAUUUUUUCAAUUCACAUCAC